UCUGAAAUGCGAAUAACUUUGCUUAAUCCCGCCGGUUUAACUGAUUAAUCGAUUCCAGUUGAUCACUACUGGUUGCCGGCGCAACAUGCGACUUAUCAGCCAGCUGCUGUUCGCUUUCCUGGCAACAACAGGGCGGGACGCCCUCAAGUGCCAUGGCAACAACACCCUGGUGCAAGUGCACGUGAUUUUCCGCCAUGGCAACCGCACCCCCUCCAAGGCGGGCCUGUGGCCCGCCAACGCCUACUACAACGAGAGCUGCUACGCCCCCUUCGGCUACGGCCAGCUGACCAACGAGGGCAAGUUGGCAGAGUUCCAGCUGGGCGYCGCCCUGCGGCGCCGCUACAACCACUUGCUGGGCCCCYUGUGGACGCCYGCCGUGUACGAGGCCUGGACCACGGACUACGCCCGCACCAAAAUGUCCCUGGCCUUGGUAUUGGGCGGGUUGUUCCCGCCCACCGAGCCGGUUGCCUGGCACCCGGACAUUCCCUGGCAACCGGUGCCCUUCGACUACCACCCGCUGGCCCAGGACAGGGAGCUGCAGUCGUGGGCGUGUCCCACCACGGUGCCCUUGAUCUAUGCGGACCCGCAGAACGUGGCGCGCCUCCGCUCCUACGACUCGCUCAUUCGGACCUUGAGCGAGAACACUGGGCGGGACUUGGACUACAUCAGCGCUCUGGAUCUGUUCUUCGGCAUGGAGAUCCAGGAGCAGUUGGGACUGCCGCUGGACAACUGGACGCGCGCCGUCUACCCGGAGCCGCUGCGCAGCUACAUCGUGGAGUUCUACUAUCUGGAGACCAGCACGGUGGCGCUGAAGAAGGUGCUGGCCGGGUAUCUGCUGAAGAAGCUGCUGGCGGACACCGCGGCCCACAUAAGCGACGGCACGGGCCCCAAAAUCAUGCUCUACUCGGGCCAUGAGGUGAACGUGGCAACGGUGCUAGCCGCCCUGGGGGUGUACCAGCUGCAGGCCCCGCCCCCUUACGCCUCCCACCUGGUGUUCGAGGUGCGACGGGUCGAGGGCGUUUACGGGCUGCGCAUGUUCUACCAGGACUACCAGGGCCGCAGGCCCCACCCACUCACCCUGCCCGGUUGCCAGCGCUUCUGCCCGCUUGAGGACUUUGUGCGCCUCACCGCUCACAUAAUCCCGCAGUCUGACCAAGAGUGCCUGGGCUCCUGAUCGCAAAUAAAACCGCAGUUGUAUGCAUA